AGGGUAUGAGAUAAGUCAACAUAUUUGAGUUUGACCUAUCUCUUCCAAAACAAAACCCGCCCGGGUCUCAUGUCCGGGUCCGAAUCUGUGUAUCGGAAACGCCAGUGAGUUUAAUGAAAAGUUGAAACUUGCUUGCUUCCCGAGAGUUAUUUCAUGAAAAACCAAUCUAGGGUUUUGAACUCUGAAUUGGGGGAUUUUGACCUUUCAGUUUUGUGGGAUCAAAUUUUGAAUUUCGAGGGUUAUGGUUCCUACUGUUUCAGACCAAUGGAUAUGGAUGGUUACCACAAACGGAGCGCCGGUUUAAACCCUUGUAAACACUCCGGUUUCUCACAUUCAUCAAGACCCAUGGCUCCAGGAAUUUACCGUUACCCAGAAGUGAAAUCUUCGUUGCGGAGACAAGUUCAUGCGCCUGUGCGGAUACUCAAUAGCGGUCGAGAUCGUAGCACACGACAAGGUUCUGGUAAUGUGUUGGGAACCUUUCUCACAAGGAACAAUGACAUGUGGAAAAGAAAUGCACUUGAUUCGUCUUUACGCUAUAGAACGGAUAGAGAAGUAAUUGAUGUUGAUGAUGAGCUUGGAGAUGUUGAAAUGAUAUCUGAUGAUACAAGUAGGGAGGGUGUCGAAAACGUGGCUAUGGAGGUGGACGAGGUGGAAGAGAAGGCGGAGAUGGGAAAUGGAUUGUUUUCUGAGGUUGCCAGUCUGAAAAAUGGGAGCUUGAGGGUGGGUGAAUGUUCUAAAGCUAAUAGUAGUUCACUCGUUGUGAAUCGCCCUGUGACUGAUGUCACAAGUUUUGAAGCAUACAGAAAGGUUCUUGAGAGUGCUGUGAACCGGACUUCUAAACUGAAAGACAGAGGCUUUGUUGAUUUUUUUAAAGAGAGAGGUCGUGCUUUACUACGAAGCUUGUCUUCCUUUUGGAGACAAGAUGAAGAACCAGUAGAGGUUGUACAACGUGAGGCAUUUGUACCUCUUUCUAGAGAGGAGGAGACAGCAGUCAGGCGUGCAUUCUCAGCUAAUGAUUCAAACAUCUUGGUUACUCAUAAGAACUCAAAUAUUGAUAUUACCGGGAAAAUCUUGAGGUGCCUUAAACCAGGCAAAUGGUUGAACGAUGAGGUCAUUAAUCUUUAUAUGGUAUUGCUGAAAGAAAGGGAAGCUAGAGAACCAAAGAAGUUUCUUAAAUGUCAUUUUUUCAAUACAUUUUUCUUCACUAAGUUAGUUAAUUCGGCGACUGGAUACAACUAUGGUGCAGUGAGAAGAUGGACUUCAAUGAAGAGGUUGGGCUACCAUCUCAAAGACUGUGACAAGAUAUUUAUCCCUAUCCAUAUGAACAUCCACUGGACUUUGGCUGUAAUUAAUAUAAAGGACCAGAAAUUCCAGUAUCUUGACUCUUUCAAAGGAAGGGAGCCUAAAAUCCUCGAUGCACUGGCUAGAUACUUUGUCGAUGAAGUGAGGGAUAAGAGUGAAGUAGACCUUGAUGUAAGUCGAUGGAGACAAGAAUUUGUCCAGGACCUUCCAAUGCAGAGAAAUGGAUUCGAUUGUGGAAUGUUUAUGGUGAAAUACAUCGACUUCUAUAGCAGAGGUCUGGAUCUUUGUUUCACUCAGGAACAAAUGCCAUAUUUCCGGGCUAGGACAGCAAAGGAGAUUCUGCAACUGAAAGCCGAGUGAUGCCAGCAUAAUAAGGAAACUCUUAAAGAAUAGUUUUGAAGUUCUUCUUCUUCUUCAUGUAGAUAGUAUUUAGCAAGUUAGAUGCACACUUUACGUGUUUGAUAAUUUGAUGUACAUAGAAAAGGGUAACAAUGUGGUUCUCUGAUGAUCAGGCUUGAUAGUGAAAUUCGAAUUGUUGUUUAAAGAUUCUAGUUUCAUAUCAGAUACUCUGAUUUUGAAUUCUGGUAUUAUUUUUGUACUUUAUAAAUUUAAAAUUAAAGAAAUUUGUGUUAGAG